AUGAAGAAGCCUGGCAUGAAGAGACCUGCGUCCAGCUCCGGCUUGUGCAUCCAGAAGACCAUCUCUAAGAUGCAGAGAGGAGUUUCGAAGGCAGACUUGGUCCAGAACAAGAAGGAGACGCCAGACUCGACUGAGACGGACACGGAGGUGACUGGCCGAGACAAGGCCAAAGGCCAGAAGUAUGCCAAGAUGAAGGACAGUCUGCCAGAACACGUGUUGGACUUAGUGGAGAAGCAAUCCGCUAAGGCUUCCAGCCCACGUGACUACAAGACCAUGGUGAUCAACAAGCUGUUUACUCGCGAUUCCAAGGGGAAGCUUCAGUUGAAUCUGAACGAUCACCUCUUCCAGGAGCACAAGAGGAUUUACCAGGAACGCUUUGCAAAAGAACAGGACAAUGCCAUGCCGGAAUCAAUCCUGAAGGGAUUGUAUUUCCACAACGAUGAUCAAGCUUUCAAGCUUGCAGUCAAAAAGGGUGAGGUGCAGGCUGUGGACUGUGGUGAUGGCCAAACAAUGUACAGCUUCACUACCUACAAGAAAGGCAAGAAGCAUGCCACCGUUGAAGAGCAAAUUGUGAAGAGCAGCUCAAAGAUUUCAAAGGAGCAGUGCAGAAUGUUGGCAGCAGCAUUCGAGCAUGUGGGUUGGAGCUGGACCUACAAAGACAAGGAUGUCACCAAGUUCCUUCCUGGUGCCACGAUCCCACCGGCAAUCCAGGAUCUCAUCAAGGAGGCUACUGAUUCUCAGGCCAAAUUGGCCAAAGAAGCUUCUAUGAUCAUCAAGGCCUGGGCUGGAGACAAGUCGGACGAGAGAUUCAAAAAAUUGAAGACAGGGCAUGGGGUUUGCAACACCAACAUCGCGAAGCUGAACCAUAUGAAAGAAUUCCACGAGCUACCGGACAACAUGGAAUCGACCAAAGAGAACCUGGACCAGGCGAUGCUUAGUAUGGCAACCCAUACUUCCGAGUACAAUGAGCUCGUGGAAGUGACCCGCGGUUUGAUCAAAGCUUGGUGUGCACUCAUGGCAACUUUUUCGAUGUGCUCCAUGGUGGCCAAAGGGGAAACCCGGGACAUGCAAUUCAUGAUCUACGGAGUCUUCGAGCACUUGAGGGUGAAAGACCCGGACCCAAAGAAGGACACCUUAGGCGUUUUCUUUUCCAUUUUGGGCUGGUCUCUGCGGUGGCUCUAUCUGGGCCAAUGGCCAGACCGUGACUGGAAAGGACAAAAGUGCAAAGGACAUGGCCCAGUCUCUUGGACAGACUUCCGCACUGGUGCUGGAUGGAGGAAUGUUCAAUGGACAGCUCAUGAAUGGCGACUAUGGGAUGGUCGGUCCAAAUGUCCACUCUUUCAGGACCCAGAUUUCUCUCCAUGGCUGGUGUCUAUGGAUUGGAUGCAUGCAAAGUACUUGGGGCACGACCAGCAAACUUACGGCAGUGUGUUAUCACUGCUGGUCCAUUUUGUGCUACCUGGUCAACCUGAAUCGAACCUGGAAAUCAUAUGGAAAGACAUUCAGUCAUACUACAAAAGAAACCAGACCCCAGUGAGAUACAAAUAUCUCAACCGCCUCAGCAUGUUCCAGCGAAAGACUUAUCCCAAGUUAAGAGGGAAAGCAGCCGAGGUGAAAUACCUGGCAGGGCCUUUGUUGCAUGUGUGGCAAAAAUACCACAAUCCCAGGCUUUCAAUUCAUCGAGACAUACUACUGUAUUUGAAGUUGAACCUGCAGAUUGAAGAGCAGAUUGUGGACAACAAGGACAGCCUAGCUUUCCCCGAAGAAGAAGCAGUGAGAUUUGAAGAAAGCGUCACAUCCAUGCUACUUCUGCUCACCCGUAUUGCUGAGCACUUUCUGGAAGAAAACUUAUUCAACAUCACGCAGAAGGCCCACUUUAUGCAGCAUGUGGCACUGCUGGCUCGGUGCAUAUCACCACGACUUCUGUGGUGCUUCAUGGGGGAAGACAUGCAAAAGAGGAUGUCUACGCUUGCGAAAAGCUGCGUACGAGGCCAAAGGCCGUUGGUACGAAAAGAGAAGGACGUGCUGGCAGGGAACUUCCGGUAUGGGAAGACCAUCAUGAUCACGGACCUCAUGUACAAGUGCAACUCGAACUCGAAAGGGAUGACCAACAUCCAAUAUGGGCUCGACGAGGUGGGCUAUGCCAUCACGGUCAUCGACAUCAACAGCUUCAAGAGCACGUCCAAAGCCCAGAAGUUCUUCGAUGUGGUUGAACACUUGAAGAGGAACGUGAUGCCCGACAUAGCAACCGAAGAGAACGUGACACUCCGCUUUUGGGUAUCCUUUGCGUUCCUCAUCGCAGAUCAUCCUCCAUACAACGUGUGGGUGGAGCGCGACUUCGCGGAGCAAUUUGCUGAGGCGAUCCGAGGAGUCGACAAGAUGGCAACCAGACCGAUCUUUGUGUCUAUGUGCAAAGAUUCAAGGUUCCACGGGAUCCCAACAGGUAUUCACGACGUUGCUGUUGACUCUGCCGACAUCCUCAGAAGUUUUGGCAUCAUGGUCACAACUGAUGAUGGGAUGUGGAGACUGAUGUAUGGUCAUGCCAGAAAUCAUUACAUGAGCAACAACCACCUACCUGAACGACUUGGAGUCUUCGCCACCAUCGAGAAGUUCCUCUUCCGGCAGCGAGUGCUACUGAUGUGUUCGCUGAACGUCGAGGACAUCACCUAUGCAAUGGUCGGCAACAAGAAAUGCGAGCAUAGCGAGAUCCUGAUGAAGGCCUUAUCGCACUUCGGGACCGUUAGGGUUCCCAGGGAUCGUGUGAAGCAGAUCUUCACUUGGAAACGUGGGAAACAGUACACCGUCAUCCGGGAAGAGUUCCAAUUGGAAACCGAGCAAGGUACGCAUCAGAGGUAUGCAUACCGUGUCUCCAAGGACUACGGGAACGUCUUCUACAAGGACUACCUCAAAAUGGUGUUGGGGAACGACUUCGCCGAGAUCAUGGACUACCCCGAUCCCGCAGCAGAGAAAUGCGGGGACGUGGUCGAAAUGUCGCUUGGCAUGCUAGACGUCGCCAACAUGACGAAGUCGCAGAUCACAUUCAUGGAGACAAAGGCGGACCCAGGCGAGCUGCUUGCUGGCCUGGAAGCGCCGCUCAACAUCUUCCAUGGAACAACAAGAUCUACGACGACAUCCAACACCAAGAG